AUUGUUAUUUUUCGUGAGUGCAACUACAAUUAGAAGGAAAUCCAAGUCGUAAAGACAGAGCAAAAAGCAAGCAGCGACGCGACGAUAUCGUUUUCCCGGGCGAGCAGUAUCAUCGGUGGAAGCAGGUGGAAAACAAAAAUGACCCAGUGUGACGAGGUGCCAGUUUACCUCCAACCCGUGCAAAACCACCCGGACGUGCAUAUGGAUUGCAAAUAUGUCUGGGUCUGGAAGAAUGGAACUUGUAAUGCUGGCUGCGGAUUCUGAAAAUAUCUGUGCUGCAUGAGCAGCAAGAGGAGUCAGUGCUUGGCACGCGGAGAGGGCAUUUCUCAUGCGUGUGUAGCAUCAAGAAGCUCUCAAAAAAUCUGUGAUGCUAGCACCAGCGUCACAGAUCUCACAGAUCAUGCAAAAUUUGCAUGACAAGCCCCGACUCUUCCAGACCCAGACAUUUUUGCAGUUGAUAGCGCAGCAUUUUCUGCAAGACCACAGUUCCUCUGCUACAACAGCGGUGCAAAGCAGCUACAACCUCCAGGUCGCUGCUGGUGCUGUUCGUCUUGGUCACCAACCGCAUCAAAUGGAAAAAAUGCAGCAAGAACUACACGAAGAAGAUCAACAGCUGCAGCUGCAAGUCGACGAAGAUUAUGGUCAACAACAACAUGAAAAUCAUUACACCCUGCAGCACGGCCCGAUCCUUAUCCAAGAAAAAAAGUGUGUUAGUGUAGCUUUUUUGCAGGAACAGCAUCACAGAUUUGUUUUGCAUGACAGAGAAAACCUGUCAUGCGUACUCGCGAAAACACGUAUAAUGAAAAUAGCCUCUGAUGUACAUCCAGAAUGACAAGUGUAACUGUAUUGCAGCAUCUGCAAGACAAAUUUACACUUACACACUUUUUUUCUUGCAUAAUCCUGGCGACCCAGGCCGGCGGCGUGACGUACUACAACACCUCUAAUUCCGGCGUCCGCGGUGCGGGGGCCCCCGCCCAGGAUGUGUACAACGGAACAAGCUAUAAACUGCAAACAUCCCUGGACGUCUGGGAGCUUGCGAGAUUUGUCAUGCUAGUCUGGCAUGACGCUGAACUCUGUACUGCGUGCCCCCGAAGCGGUCCUCUUGUCUGUCAUGCAAAAACGCAGUUUCUCAUGCGCAGUGCGCAACUCUGAACCACGGAAAAACUUGUCAUGCUGGGGAGCGCAUUGCAGUGUGCUCAAUAGUAUUCCCUUCCUUGCAUCACAAGUUAUUUCCAGACCCAGACACAUUUGCAAUGCAUACAAGCGACCAGCACGCGAAAGAAAACGGCAUUGCGGACGUCGUCGAUGGCAUCCCGGUGCCGGCGCAGGUGUUGUUGCAACAGCAGCAAAUAUGGCGUUCUUUAAUGUUACAUUCUCAACCGUUGCAUGAAUUUGGCAUGCAAGAAUAGGAAAAGCAAAAGAAGCCUGCACCUCUCGCAUUGCAAACUUCUUGGCACAGAUUUUAUUGCUGUUUAGAAGCCCUGCAAAAAUUUCAAUUUGUCAUGCGAGGUAGCUUCUUCAUCGUGUGGAAGUGGAUGCUGUUGCUGGUGUGCGUUUUGCAUGACAAUAAAUCGCGUGACGGUUGAGGGUGUACUAACGCUUGAGAGCUUCAUAGCAAGUGCACGGGUCCGUGACCAACCCGAACGACCCGGAAAUCUCUCCCCCGGGCAGCAUGCACAACGGCAGUCAGAAAGUGGGCAGCACCCGCAGCGGUGUGGAUCGUCACACUAGUACUACUACUGCUACUGCUGGUGCGAAGAUCAUGAAGAAACCGGGCAUGGUGGUGCUCGAUGGUACUACCGCUUCUGCGACGGUGAAAAAUCAAGCGAGCUUAUUGCCGAUGGGCGGACCCUACCACGGUACAUCAACCCACGGUGCUGGGCGUGCGGCUUUUGAAACAGCUGUUGCGGACGGCAGCACAAACCUCACAUCGGGGCCGUACAACUACAAUCAUCAGUACAACUACGGACUGAUGACCGGCGCAGGAGGGAACAAUAGUACUACCGGCGAUGUAGACAUGGGAACGACUGGAGGUGCUGGCACGACAGCGAACAACAAUCAACAACAAACGAGCAAAAUUCCGGUCGGUUCCAACAUCUUCGAACGCCAGGACUUCUGGAAAUUGCUCGAGUCCCCGCAGUACUUUCAAACCCUGAAUUUCCAGGAUCGGGAAGUCCUGACCGAGCAGUGCUUCCAAGUGUAUGGGUGCGGCGUAGAUCGUAUGCAUUGCAAAAGUAAAUCGUACUAGUAGUGAUUCCAAUACAAAUUCGCUCAGCAUGACAGCUUCCAUUUGUCAUGCUGAUUUAGCUUGGGAAGGAAAUUUAUCUUGCGUGACUGCGCUUACCAAUACCACGACGAGUGCGAUGCUUUUGCAUUGCACAGAUCGGCUGCAGAAGAUUAUGCUGUGCCACAAGCUGUUCGACCACGACCUCAUCGACUUUUCGAAGGAUUUGCUAACCGUGGAGACUCGGGAAAAAUUGCUCAACACGAAGAGAAUCCAGGAUCCGGAGAAGUAUAAAAGAUCUUAGGAUCAUAGCAAAAAUGACUGUAGCUUGCUCUGUCUGCUGUUAAAAAACUUGUUAAGCCUGCAGCAUGACAUGAUGUGCGCCACGUGGUGUCUGCUACGCACGGCAAGUAAAUGGUUUUUCCUUAUAAUUAUAUCGUCUCAGGUACCGCCUGUUUUCCGCCGGGGAGACGAAACAGUCGAUGCACAGCCUGCUUCUCGCGGCACACUGCGACGUGAUCGAUCCGCAUAUGUGCGAGCAGUAUUGGGAUUACGAAAUGAAGUACCGCAGCCCGGAUGUGGUGAUUAUGCAUUGCAAAAGUAUCGUACUCGUAUAAAUGCAUUGCAAAUUUCUUCAGCAUGACAAAGAAAAUUUGUAAUGCUGAUUUGCCUUAACAAGAUGAUUUGUAACGCAUGACUGCAAUACGAGUACGAUACUUUUGCACAGGAUAGUGAUGACUAGCGAGCAACUGGUACAGUACUACAACAACCACGACCCACUCGCGCCUGCUGACCACGCGUCGAGACAGAUCCAAGGGGCGCAGAGCAAUACAGAAGGAGGUGUUGGUGCAUCAACUGGAACGACCGACAAGUACGUCGGAGCAAUGACGGGCGGGAACAACAACAAGCACGGACUCAACUUGCUGGGAACAACAAGCAAACAAGAUCAAACGAAGUUGCAGCCGUCCAACAAGUAUGCAUUGCAAAUAUGUCUGGGUCUGGAAGGUUGGAACUUGUGAUGCUAACUUUGGACUCUAAAAAGAUUUGUAUUGCGUGACCAGCAAGAGGAGCCCAGUUUGUGCUGCGGGGGGAGGGCAUUUGUCAUGCGGGAUAGGGAUCAGGAAGGCCUCCAAAAAUAUGCGAUGCUAGAUCAUGCAUUACAGACAUCCAGAGUCAUGCAAAAUAUGCAUGAGUAACCUUCCAGACCCAGACACUUUUGCAUUUGAUAACAAGCCUACAACUUCUUUCCAGCAACGGGUCCUGUACGGGCAAAUCGCUGGCAGCGAAGACCAACAUCAAGGCGGCCAUCACCAUCAGCAGCAACAGCAAUUUCUGCACCAAAUGCACCAGAUGCAAAACCAAAACGCGGCAUCCGCCGCCACGGCAGCGACGGCUGUAGUGAGCGCAACUGGCUACAACUUCGUCCCGGGGAAUGCGCAGCACAUUACCACCUCCCACUUGCAAGCAUCAACAUCUUCUGCUCACGCCGCGGGGACAGUACCAGUAGCCGGGAUGUUGAGCUGCAACAAUUUGAAAGCUGCUAGUAACUCGUUUACCAACAUGGAGGCGAUGUUUGACCCCGAAACCCACUCCCCUGUGGAUGAGGAAGGAGAGGACAACUAUCGGGAACAGGAUUCGUUUGAGCUCAUGUUAGAGAAAGAUACCAACCUGCUCGGGGGGAUCAAGGUCGGAGAGGAGAAAGGAAAGCCGGAUCACAGCACCAUAUCCUGUGCAAAAGUAUCGUACUCGUAUUGCAGUAAUGCAUAUACAAAUCUUCUUUUUAAGGUAAAUCCGCAUUUACAAAUGUUAUUUCUCAUGCUGAGGGAAUUUGUCAUGCAUUUAUACGAGUACGAUACUUUUGCAGUUCAUACACUAAGGGCAGUGCUGGCAACAAAGGGAAGGGAAAAGGCGGGAAGGGUGGUGCGGCCGGGCUGAAAAAGGAACAGCAGGUGGGAAAGAGCAAUGACGGUCAACAUGUUGGCGGGAAGAAAGGAACAAGCGGCUCAUCUUCGAAGCUGGCAAACAACAGCGGUUUUUCCACUUCCGACUCCAACACCAAAAAUCAGGACGUUGCGACAACCAUCAAAAGCUCCACUGCCGGAGGUACGUCAAAUGUGUUGAAAGGAAAGAAAUUCGGCUCGUCUUUAGCCGAUCAAGGAGCUGCUUCUGGUGCGGCCGCUUCUACUUCUACCGGUGGGAAAGGGCCGAUUUCUGGUUUAGCAGCAGGAACUACGACCGGCGUGUUAGCCGGUAAAAAGGGUCCGGGGGGUCGGGCGGUUGUGCCGUCGACCUCCGCCGGUGAAGAACAUCAGCUGCAGGAGCAAAAAGACGAAAAAUCUGGAAAGCGGAACGGGACCAUGAAGGCCUACCGCCCGCCGCCGGGGAUGGAGGACGGAACCCCAAGCGACCACAACGCCCCAGCCGUUUUUGACUCUGCAUCUGGUCGUUCUCUCGAUCGAGAGGAAAACCGAUCUGCUAUCCUACGUACAAACAUCUCCACCCCGGAGUUCUCAUGCAUAUUUACAAGCACAAGAGCAUUUGUAAUGCGCAUAUCCAUGAGAGGCAAUUCCCAUCGUGUUUUGGAACUUGUAAUGCUGGAAACAGGAUAAAGAGACGGAUUUGUUAUACGAAUUCUCUUGCUAAUAUGCUGCACUACAGUACAGCCCGCAACUUGUCAUGCGUGACCCCCAUAAUGAUAAUUUCUAGGUUUGUGUUGCAAAACCCCCAGGUUGACUCUGGGGUGGUGACGUUUUUACACGGGAUACCUGCUUUCGCGCACGAACAACACCACCCCGACUUACCAAAGUCCAUCACCAUCGGCGGAGUUACAAAUAUGCAUAAUGCAAAUAUGUCACUCUGGGUCUGGAACAAGAAUGCAAGACUUGCUAAAGACUUGUCAUGCAUGUCUGGCAUGACUCUGAGGUCUGUGAUGCAUGUGCGCGAGCUAGAUGCUCUGCUCUUGCCUGUCAAUAUUCAAAACCGUAAUUCACCACACGGAAUACGAAGCACAUAGGAGGAGCUUAGAAGUUUCUUGUCAUGCGGGGCUCCCAUCUAUUCUUUCAAGUGCACUAAUCCAUCGCAGACUUGCAUCACAACUUUCCAGACCCUGAAAUAUUUUUGGUGGAUAACAAACGUCUCCAAGCAACUGACUGCGAUGAAGGGCGUGGUCUUACCAGAGGUCGUUGCCAGUGCUGGGGUAUGCAUUGCAAAUAAAUUAUCGUACGAUUAUUUGUAGUAUUCGCAUUCCAAAUUUCCUGAGCAUAAGCAAUGGAAUUUUUUGUAAUGCUCCUUUACGUUUACGAAAAAUAAGAAAAUCAAGAUUUGUAUAUGCAGGACUGCAAUCGCGAUACUUUUGGUUUUGCAAUCGCAUAUGGGGCUGGCGUGAGCAACAACUCAGUGUAUUCCAGUUUUAACCACGCCGAGAAGAACAAUCUGCUAAAAGCGUCGAGCGGAAACUUGAACACCGGAACCUACGUUGCUGGAGGACCCUCCAAUCCCAACGCGAGCGGAUCCUUUCUGCACGGCAACAACUUGUUCGAGGAAUCCAUCGGUAAGAGCUGCCAGCAGAUCACAAUGCACAACAAGAAGACGAAAACACUCCUGCAGCGUACCUUCACCGAUCCCGGUGUGACCACCCUGGACACGGUAUCCUGAGUAAAAACGUACCCACACCAGAGUCAGGAUGGGGAUUUUGCAACACAAGCCUAGGAGUUUUGUGAGUCACGCAUGACAAGUUGCACUUAUGCAGUGUAGUGCAGGUUAGCAAGUGCAGCUGCGUCACAGAUUCAUCUGCUCAUCCUGUUCACAGCAUCACAAAUUCCAAAACACGACUGAAAAUGGCUCUCAUGGGGAUGCGCAUUACAAGUCUUCCUGUCUUUGCAAAUCUGCAUUACAACUCUGGCGUGGGUACGUUUUUACUCAGGAUACACGGCCCACCCGUACGGACGGUCGCACCGGUAUGGAAGCGUCAGGUCGUUUGAAAUCGACAAAGUUGAACUGCUUUGUCAUGCAUAAAAUGGAUGCCAGUUGUAACCCAGUUUCCAGGUGGCGCAUGACAAAUUUGGGUAGAGCCGAAAUCCAGUUUGUCAUGCUGUUUCGGCAAAGAAGACUGCUCCUGUCAUGCUAUUUUAGCAGCUCAGUUGCUACCCCGCCUCAACAGGCUUACAAUCUGCGUCACUUGCCUACUCUGCAAGACAGGCACUUUGUCGGCUGCAUUCUUUGCAUGACAAAUCAUUAUUUCAACCUUGACGAUUUCAAUCCUGCCACUUCCAUAACCGGGCGCCGUUUGGGUCGCCGGAUCUGACGACCAUGAACCAACAGCGGAUUGUGAACUUGACCGGUAUAGAAUUUUGAUACCCUAGAAGUUGUAGCGCGAUCGCGAAGUAAUUUCAGCAUGAUCUGAUGAAGGAGAAUCGAAGACUAUGAUCGAAUUAUAACAAAAAUAAAAAAGGUGAGUCCCCGCAGAUUCCGUUUUACAACAGCAGCAAUUUGUCGCGUACCUCCACCUCCGAAGCUCUGAACAAUUCUUCCAUGAACAUGAGUCUGUCUGCGACGCCGGGUAAGAUUAUGCAUUGCAAAAGCACUAUCGCAGUCCUGGUAGGAAUUCUUGCAAUUGCAUGGCCAACAUCAAUUUUUUCCAAGGGGAAAUAAUAAAUUUUGUCGUUGAUGUAGAUGUAGCCAUAUUGAAGACGAAGGAAGAAGGCAAAGCAGGAGUAGAUCUACUGUCAUGCGCGAGCAUACCUGGCCCCCAAAAAAAAAUUCCACGUGCUCGUGCGAUGCGCUUUUGCACAGGACAAAGAACGAAUCGCUGCAGCUCCCGAAGCAGCCGCCGCGGCCGAAGGAAGAGUGCAUGCAGAGUCUGAAGAAGGCGAUUUUGAACUACUUUUGCAAGUACGAGUUAGAGGAGGCGGUCUUGGAUCGUGUGUGCAAAGACCACGAUGUGAAAUCUGCCUGGAAGGAGAUCGGCCGGGUGCCGUUGUGGAAAUUGGUAAAAUGGUUUCGUUUGUCAUGCAACGUCAAGACAAGGAGACCGAGACACAGACACCUGUCAUGCGCAUGCGGGUUUUACGUUGUAACACGUUGUAUUACGUUGUAAUGACAAAACAUACUACACGACAUCACUCACUACCGCUAGGUGAAACAGUUUCCCUCCGACAUGACGCAGCGUCAGUUGGCUGACGGAACCUGGAAACUAUGAGAGCGCACGAGAGCAACUACUCCCUGCUCCCUCGAAGUUUGUAUAGCAGGACAAGCAGGAACAGCAUCAGAAACUACUUAUCACAAAAGAAUGAGAAAUGUAGCAGGGUAUGCAUGACAAAUCAUCAAGACACGGAAUCUAGUAUGGUUGGAAGUGCUGGUGGAGCAUGUGAUGCAAGUCGAAGUCAGGAGUUCUAUUAAACUGCAAGGCAAUGCUGGCUCGGCGGAUUCUUGUAAGUUUGCAUCGCAAACGUUGCGGACGGGGUGAAGUUCGAGUUGUGCACUGGCAUAGAAACUCUGGCUGUUGGAAAACCCAGUGGAAAAUUAUGCAUUGCAAAAGUAUCGUACUAGUAUGAAUCGCAUUACAAAUUAGCUAAGCAUGAGAAACGGAAUUUGUCAUGCUGAUUCGCCUUGGGAUGUAGAUUUGUAAUGCAAUGAUUGCGAUUACUACGAGUACGAUACUUCUGCACAGGAUAAAAACCCAGACUCACCGAUGGUCGGCGAGCUAUCAACCGCGAAUAUGAGGAUUGGGUCUGGAAGAUAAGAGUCCGAGUUUAAUGUCAUGCGACGUCUGAGUGUCCUCGCCAAAAUCUGAAUCUGUAUUGCUCUUAACAGCACCACAAAAAGGCACCCUACCCACUUUUGGACAUAUUACGAAGGAAGCGCUCGUGGAUCUAUGCCGGAUUAUAGGCAUAAUCAAUAUUUUUGCGGACCCUUCUUUUUCAAAAAAAAUGGGAUGCUAGAGCUCGCAAGGUAUGCACCAUGCGAAACCUUUCAUUCUUGUUCCAGACCCAGACGACGUAUUUGCAGUGCAUACAAGCCAGCCAAGUGCAAUAUGGCGCUCUCAACUGUUCCAUUCUCAGCUGUUGCAUGGGUUUGUGAUGCAAGAAUCAGAAUGGCAAAAGUGAAACGCGGAAGAUUGCGCCUUUUGCAUUACAGAUUUGGUGUAAAAAGUAGAUUUAAAUGCUGUUCAGCCCUUCCGAGAUUUGUCAUGCCAAGCAGCUUAACCGUGGCGAUCUUGGUGGUAAAUUCGCAUGACAAAUCAUGUAACAGCUCAGAGUGUAACGUUUGAGAGUGCCAUAUGCAACGUCCUGUUUGAGAACGGGCAUGAUUCGGCGAGCGGAGGUAUCCUGUGUAAAAGCGUGGCCCCCACGACCCAGAAGUUGUCAUGCAAAUGCGCACGACUCCGACCACCCCAAACUUGUAAUGCGUAACAGUACCAGUAGCAGUUACAAAACUUGUUGAUUUGUGUUGCCAAAGUCCCAUCUUGACAACCCUGGGGUGCUGGCGACGUUCUUUUUGUUCAGGAUAGGGGGUGGCUUCUGCGCUCUUGUGGGAGAAGACGGUAUAGCAUUGAUGUAGCAAGAUGAAGCGGCCGCGUUUCCCAAUCAUUUACAGAACUAUCUUCGGUAGCGCAGUCUGUUUGGCAAUACUUACAGAGUUCCCUGGAAUGUAGCGCUAGCAUUACAACAAGUUUCAACUUUUCAAUUUCAGACCGAGACAUAUUUGCACAUAAUUUCAGUCCUCCCGGUCCAGUCCGACGAUUCUCCCGUCGUGUAUGGAAGUGUCAGAAUCGAAAUUGACAAAGUCGAAAAAUUUUUGAUGCACAAAAUCGAUGUCAGUUCGGGCCUCAGUUUCCAAGUGGCGCAUGACAAAUUUCGGGAGCACCCAAAUCCAGUCUAUCGCGCUGUUUGGGCAAACAAGAAGACUGCUCCUGUCAUGCUACUCUGGCAGCGCAUUGGCAUUGCAUUCCCCUAAACAGGCUUGCAAUCGGCCUCAUUUGCCUGCUCCCCAAUACAGGCCUCCAGUGCCCUGCAUUUUAUGCAUCACAAAUUUUUCAAUUUUGUCGAUUUCGAUCCUGACACAUCCAUAUCGUGGCCUGCAGCUCCGUCGCGGGUCUGAGUCCGGCCGCCGCGAAGUUGCUAUCCACUGCAAAUAGACAAGUAUCGUAUUGGUACGUCGAAUUGUACACUGACAUGACAGAUUCGGCAUCUUUUUUUGACCUAACCCAGAACCUGCGUGUGUGCGAGCUUUAGUAGUUUCAUUUUUUCUAUCUUGAAAUUCAAAUUUUUGGACUAUCUUGAAAUAGGCUGAUGGACGCCAUCCAGAAGCCAGAGGAGAAAAUAGAUUUGGGUCACGGGUGGCCCUACAGUGCGAUAAGCGACAAACCCACACGGGAGGAGGAAGCUGCUACUAUUCCAGAACAGUGGCUGCGAGAUGCGAAGGAGGCGGUAAAGAGAAGGAAACUGGACACGCAAGGCGCGGAAGAAGUAGGUGGAUAAGGUGGAGGGGGGUUGUAGCUUCCUCGGUCGAUAUUCUCACGGUUCCGUGCUGAAGAUCAGAGUAAUAGUUUUUUUUUUUUUUCUGCUCCACACUACCGUCUGAAGAUCUGUGCUAACUUCUUCUCCUACCGUGUCAAAGAUCUGGAUACCAGUUACCCUGCGCUACACUUCUGUCCGAAGAACAAGACCCAGUUGCAAGCUGGAUCCGUGCGAAACGACAGCUGAUACAGCUAGAGCGCCAGUUAGUUGCAGUGGCGGAUGAAGGCAGACGAUGUUCAUCUGCGGUAACAAAAUUCUAUACAAGAUCACGAACCAGAUCCCCAUCUUUCACAAGGCGAGAACAGCUGUACCAGAUCCACACCCACCGGCAUUACCAUGGUCCCCUGAAGGCAAAUUUGUUUGAAUCGGAAAAAAAAAAAAUAAAGAUCGCAAAAUAAAAUAAAGAAAGCUCUGCGACAAAUCCGCAAGGAUGAGCAAUAAGAAAGGGUUAAUAGGGUUAGGAAGGGUUUAGGGGCAAGGCAACUGGGCGAUGCUGGGUGUAACUUCGUGUUUUCCAGUGUCUCCUGGUGGCGUUUGCGUGCCAUCGCUUAAGCCUCGGCUACGGUGAUGUUGACGGGAAGGGAGAGCAGAGGAGGCUCUCUUAGGACCUGCCAGCAUUGAGGAUCCUGUUGGACACGAGGAAGGGCAAGCAGAGGCGGCUUGUUUUGGACCUCGUGGCUGCGCGGAGGUUGGUAGGGCUAGCACGGAUGAGGAGGUAGUGCUAGUCCCGCCUGAAGCCAAGGACUAAGAGCAUCCCGGUGCGAUUUUUCUGAGGCAACUCCCCAGUCUUGGCUGUUCGACAUCAAAGCGGGUGUUUUUUUUAGUCAAGUUCUGGUGGCAAAUUGUUGAAACACAGCUUGCCUGCCACUUACUCUCAGGAACUCAAUUAGCACGUACAACAGUCACUCGCUCGCCUAAAGAAGCGAGCACACAGUUGA